UUUUAUUUUUAUACAUAAAUUAUCAUUGAAAAUUUACAUUUUGGUACCUAAAAUUUUCAUUAUGACAUGUUACACAUUUUACUUAUUGAUCCAAAAUUGAGGAUGUCAUUUGGAUUCAUGAAUAAUUUAUGAAUCCAUUUGAUCCAAUCUAUGAAUCAACCAAUCCAUUUAAUCCAUAAAUCUACCAAUUCAUAAAUCAAUCCAUUACCACCGUAUUGAGAGAUUUGUCACGGUUAGGGGUGGGCAAAGGGACGGGACGGGAUACCCGUCCCGUUUAAAACGGGUACCCAAUCCCACUUAGAGAGUAAUCUUCAUCCCAUUCCCAAACCUGUACGGGUUAACGGGUACCCAUAUUGCCCGUUAAAUACCCAUUCAAUUGGUGGAAGAAACCGCAGCAACACCUGCUUUAUUAGUUAUCUCCCCCGCCAUCCGCCAUUUUUGUCAGUUUCGGGUACUUGUAAUCUCCAAACAUCCAGGCGAAGGCGGCCGACGGUGACAAAAUGCGGCGGAGGAUGAACGAAGGAGAAGCUGCGGCAGAGCUUCUUGAGCCUGGAGGAAGCUGGGCUGGUGGAAGUUUCCGGGCUCAGCUCCCACGAGCGAUUUCUCUGUCGAUAUCUUCGUUGAAGCUUCUGAAAGUGAAGCCAGAGCAAGUAGGGGAAGACAUGGCCAGGGUCGCAGGCGGGGAGUGGCUUAGGGAUUCUCUUUGAGAACAUUGCCAUGAUCAAUGUCUCCAACCCCGUUAUGAUCGAGCAGGAGUACGCCCAUCAAGAACUUGCAACAUAAGUACAUUACCAAGGUAAGGGGAAAAAGAAGUAAACAUGGGAAUCAGUUUAGCAAAAUCAAUAAUUUAUUUUAUG